GACCCCACCAUACUCAUCUGACAGUCAUCACCUCCUUCUCUCUAACUCAAACCCCAAACUCUUAACGCUCCAUUUCAUUUUCACACCACUCUUAACUCUUACAACUACAUCCCAAAAAAUUUCAUAUUUCGCCAAAUUUCAAACUCUAAUGUCAAGCCUCGAUGCGACACCGUUUCUAUCCACGGCGCCGGCGCCGGCGACGGCGGCAGCAGACCUACCAUCGUCGAUGCGAGCUCAAGGCCUACGCCACGCAGCGCGGAUGAUUCGUCGCGCAAGCGGAGGUAGGAGGUCGAUGAGAGGUGCUUCAGUAGCAGUAAGAGAAACGGCAGCACAAGAAAUUGAAGAGAGACAAGUUGAUUGGGCUUAUUCUUCUCCAGUUGUCGCACUUGACGCUGCUUGGAACUCCGCUUUCGUCUUCGCUGCUUCCGUUGCGCUUUUUUUCACUCGUCAUGACUCACUUCGCCUUCCGCUUAGGGUUUGGGUGAUUGGAUAUGCUCUUCAGUGUCUUCUUCAUGUUUUUUGUGUUUUUGCUGAGUUUCGCCGGCGUAGGAGACGGAGGAUUGCUCUUCAAGAUGGCCGUGAGGAUUACUAUGAGGAAUCUAGUACCGUGAUAAGGCAUUUGGAAUCUGUAAAUACAAUGUUUUCCUUUAUGUGGUGGAUACUUGGAUUUUAUUGGAUAUGUAUUGGUGGCCAUGCCUUGGAGCAAGACUCCCCCACCCUUUACUGGCUUUGCAUAGCAUUUUUGGUUCUUGAUCUGUUUUUUGUCAUCUUCUGCGUGGCUCUGGCGUCUGUGAUUGCUGCGGCUGUUUGUUGUUGCCUCCCAUGUAUUAUUGCUAUCUUAUAUAUUUUGGCAGAUCGGGGGGGAGCAUCCAAAGAAGAGAUCGAUAACCUACCAAAAUAUACAUUUCACAGGAGUGAUAGUGAGAAGAAAAUGAAUGAAGAGACUGAAGCACCUUGCGGAGGAAUUAUAAAGGGGUGUGGAACAGAUUGCGCUGUUGAACGUACAUUAACAGCAGAAGAUGCUGAGUGUUGCAUCUGCCUAUGUGCUUAUGAAGAUGGCAUUGAGCUUAGAGAGCUCCCUUGCAAUCACCAUUUCCACUGCUCUUGUGUGGACAAGUGGCUACAUAUCAACUCCACCUGCCCGCUUUGCAAAUACGAUAUAUCGAAGCGUUACAACCGAGACGGAGAAGUUUAAACAUUGCAGGGAAAAGUUUUGAGUUGUCAUAGCUGUAAAAUGUUGUACAGUAUGUGUAAAUUUAUCAUGUUUACAUCUGCUAUUGGAAUUCUUCAGAAUCCAGAUAUAAUGGCUUUGAGCCUUAUAAUUGCGCAAUCAAAUAAGCAAAUUUUAAUGUA